AGAUUGAUCACAUGACUCUGUCACUACAUGCGCGGACGAGGAGGAGUUUAGUCCAAAACAACAAUAUAAUUUAACGAAAAAGAAAGCGCUACAGGAUUAUUAAACAAACAGUUUCGUAAUUAAAGCAAUUAGCAUUAUUCGUUUGACCUGCUCUGGAACAAUUAGUCAGCAAAACUGCAGCUAUUUACUCGUUUGGUUCUUAUGUAGAAGUGGAUCCUGUUGAUCAGGAAAUAUGUGAAGCUGCCGAUACCUUCAUAAUAAAACACUGAUGCGGACUUUAUUAAAGAGGGGACUGAAGAUAUGAGUGAUUCAGAAUCAUCACAGAUAAUAAAUGAAGAUGAACACGAGGCACAAAGAGACUCUGAGGAGGCAACAGAGGACAAUCAAGAACCAGAUGAAGACGACCAAGACUAUCAGAAGACCCAAAUCAUCACAGAUGGCCAAAACAAAUCAGAAAUCACGAGUCGAGAAAAACCAAAGAGGCCUGAAGCGCGUCCGUUCAGAUGCCUGCAGUGUGGAAAGACCUUCAAAAGAGCUACGGAUGUGAAGAGUCACCUGCGCUACCAUUCAGGCGAGAGACCGUUCACCUGCGAUCAAUGCGGGAAGAAGUUCAUCCUAGCGUCUCACCUGAAGACUCACCUGUCCGUGCACACCCACGAGAAGCCCUUCCUGUGCUCGAUUUGCGGGAAGAGUUUCACGCGGCUCUUCACGUUUAAAGAUCACGAGAACAUCCACAGCGGCGUCCGGGCGUUCAGCUGCCCCGACUGCGGGAACACCUUCAUCACCGCAAACGCGCUGAAGAUGCACCAGCGGGUUCACACCGGCGAAAAACCCUACAAGUGUUCACACUGCGGCCGCAGAUUCAGCCAUUCCGGAGGACUGCGGAGACACGAGCGCAUUCACACCGGAGAACGGCCGUAUCACUGUCCCCUCUGCGGACGGAGAUUCACUCAAUCCAGCAACCUGCUGACACACGCCAAACGCCACUGUCCCAAGUCACGCUAGCAGAACGAUAACCACUGAUGUUAAACUUAUAUACCGUUGAAAGCAAAAGUUUACAUCCACUGUAUAAUAAGGCAGGGGGUCUCAACUGGUUUGCCCAUGGGACCCACAUUUUUACAUGGUCAUCAGGCCGCGACCCAAAUUUUUAGAAACUAUAAUACAACUUUAGGAGUUAUAAUUAACUUGUAUUUAUUUGUUAACAUACACAAGUAGUGACAGAUAAAUUAUAAGACAUUCAUAGAGACUUAGGCCGUA